GAGAAAAAGUUUAUGAUCUAAAAAUAGGUAAAAAUCGCCAACAAAUCCGAUAAUUUUGAAAGCUGUAGGUGACCUGUCAGACGAACACGAGCAGUUUGUGAUUAUAUUGCGCUCUAUGAUAAAAAUCUUGUCUCGGCCCACGGGACUUUUUCUGCUGAAGUUCCAGUGAGUGACCACUACGUCAACUGGAGGCAGCUACAAGCUAGCAAUACUGUAUCCAGUUAUUUUAAUAGAUCCAUGGUAGCACCGUGGGACUGAACGUGGCGUCAUCACGUCGGUGCCAAAGGACAAACAUGUAUCACAGGGAUCUACAAUAAAAAAAAGAUUAACUAACUAAAAGUGGCGCGGCUCCAUGGUAAGGAUGCGAGCAUACGCUUUGUCAUUUCAUUCAUAAACAAACGUUUUGGAAAGGAAAAUGUCCCUUCUAACCUCUUCCAAGAUGAGUGCUGCAGUGUCGGACCUCCCCAGUGGCCCGCUGGACAUCUACAGGAGCAAAGCCUCAUUCAACUGGAAGGACAUGGUGCACUUUAUAGAAGGAGACGACAUUAUCAUUUUAAAGCAAAAGGUGUUUCAAACUUUAGAAAAUGACCCUUUGUUUGCUCGUUGUCCUGGAGAAGAUUUGCCUGUGGAGAGGAUGAGAGAGCUUGCAUUUCUCAGAGUAAAGCAGCUUUUCCGCUAUGACUUACUGCCUGAGGAUGAGUUUUAUGCCAACCCAUUUAAAUAUGUUAUCCUGAAUGACUGCCUUGGCAUGUACGACUGGGGUGUGUCUGCCAAGUUCUUCCUCAACAAAGGGAUGUUUUAUAACACCAUUGCGAGUACUGGAUCUGAAAGACACAGCAAUUAUUUGGAGUCUAUUAACAACAUGAUGAUCUUUGGGUGCUUUGCUCUGACUGAACUGAGUCAUGGCAGUAACACUAGAGCCAUGAGGACCACAGCCACAUAUGACCGCAACACUCAGGAGUUUGUGAUCAAUUCUCCGGACUUUGAGGCGGCCAAGUUCUGGGUAGGGAACCUUGGAAAGACAGCGACCCAUGCCGUGGUGUACGCUCAACUCUACACUCCUGAUCAGGUGUGCCACGGACUGCACUCCUUCAUCGUCCCGGUGAGGGAUCCCAAGACGCUGCUGGCCCUUCCAGGUGUGAUGGUGGGAGACAUAGGCAAAAAGCUGGGCCAGAAUGGGUUAGAUAACGGAUUUGCCAUGUUCCAUAACGUGAGGAUUCCACGGGAGAACCUGCUGAACUCAACAGGAGAUGUGACUCCUGAAGGCCAUUAUGUGACGCCAUUUAAGAACCCUAACAAGCGCUUCGGAGCAUCUUUAGGUGCUCUCUCAGGGGGCAGAGUGUCCAUCACCAGAAUGGCUGCUGUAAACCUGAAUUUGGCCCUGGUCAUUGCCAUUCGAUUCUCCGCCACAAGGAGGCAGUUCGGACCAAAAGACACAGAGGAGAUCCCUGUUCUCGAAUAUCAGCUACAGCAAUGGCGUCUGAUCCCGUACCUGGCAGCGGCUUAUGCUCUGGAGAACUUUACCAAAAGUUUCUACAUGAACUAUGUGGAGUUCCAGAUUGGACUGCUUCAAAAGGACAAGAGCGAGAGACAGUCGGAGCUGGGCAGGGAGAUCCAUGCCAUGUCCUGUGCCAGUAAACCUCUGGGCUCAUGGACCGCACAGAGGGGCAUCCAGGAGUGUCGAGAGGCCUGCGGCGGGCACGGCUACCUUGCCAUGAACCGCCUGGGAGACCUGAGGAGUGACAAUGACCCAAACUGCACGUAUGAGGGGGACAACAACGUCCUACUGCAGCAGACCAGCACCUACCUGCUCAGCUGGCUCAACCACAAACAACACAAGAGUGGUCGUAUUGAGUCUCCUCUUCACACUGUGGACUUCCUCAAUGAUUUCCAUCAAAUCUUGGAAACCAGGUUCACUGCCUCAACAAAAGAAGAGUGCAUGGAUUCUGUGGUGUCUGUGGCAGCCUACAAAUGGUUGGUAUGUUUUCUGUUGGACGAGAGCAACAAGAGGCUACAGCAGCAAAGGAGCAAGGAGGGCGAGUUUGAAGCUCGCAACAACAGUCAAGUGUACUACUGCCGCUCCCUGUCCAUGGCCUACAUCGAGCUGACCUGUCUGCAGAGGUUUGACGAGCUGACCAGGGCAGAGGACACGCCGGCUGGGCUCAGGGCAGUUCUGCAGAAGCUGUGUGGACUUUACGGACUCUGGAGCGUCAGCAACCACAUGGCCACGCUGUACCAGGGGGGUUACUUCAGUGGACGACAACCAGCAGAGAUGAUCCAGAACGCCAUUCUGUCUCUUUGUGCACAGCUUAAAGAUGACUCGGUGGCCUUGGUUGACGUUUUGGCGCCUCCAGAUUUCAUCCUAAACUCUCCCAUUGGAUGUGCAGACGGUCAGCUGUACAAGAACCUGUGGUCCACGAUGAUGCAGGGCCCCGAGGUGCUGCAGAGGCCGUCCUGGUGGAAGGAGUUCUGCUCAAACAAGCCUGAGGUUGGCUCUCUCCAGGCCAAGCUGUAGUACACGGACUAGAACCAGCACCAAGGGAGAAAGGAACUACAUCAGGAUUAAAUGUGCUCAGCUAAUAUUGGUAAACCUAAUAGUAACUUUUAACUUGAUUUGAAUUUUAAUAGUCAUGCUGCUACUUUCUAGAAAAGGUUAUCAUGAUAAGCCUAUAAGAUCCUCUUCAUUAAUGAAAAAAAGACAGAAAGCACAACUCUAAACUACCAUAACUUUAGAAAGAAGCCAAUAUUAGUUGAGUUUUCUGCUUGUGUCUUCUACAUAGUUAUAAUCUGAUACCCUUGGAUGUUAUAAUUUGGACAUUUAAAAUUUAAAUAUUGAUCUAAAAUGUCUUCAGAAUAAGCACUUAAAGAUAACGGAAAGAAAACAUUGUGCCUUAGAUUUGCCUUUGUGUCAUGGAUCAGCUUUAAUAACACAUAUGAAAUAAAGAUAUAACAAUCCUACCUCAAUUAAAAUUAAAUCAAAUUAAAUUGCAGUUGUGUCUAUGCAGCUAACAACAGAUUAAUGCCGUUUGAGCUUUCGAUGUAGAUCAUGUAAAUUGUAGUUUAUAUUAUGUCAAAUUGAUGUUGAUGAUUUACAUGUCUGCGUAUUUAGAAAACAGCGGUGUCGAACUAAAUGUGUCUGCCUUCUCUUCAAAAACUUUAAAGAGACAUGACCAGAGGAAAAAUGGUCAACAUCCUUUUGAAAUAUAAAAGUCCAGCGGUGGUGUUGCAGUCAUAGAAGUCAGAGUCUUGUUAAAGCUAAAUAUAUCACAUUGUUUGAAGCUGCGUGAUCAAACACAAAUGGAAAAAAUAGAUUCAUUCCUGUACAUAAGAAUGUAGUGUACAUACUAUACAUAUACAACUCUGAAUACUAAGAAACGUUUAAGAAAAUAAAUGCUUCUGAUAAUUGUUGUGUAUAACCUUGUGAUUAAUUAACAAGUUUAUAAAGCUGCUUUUACUUUGUGCCUCAAUAAAGAUUUUAUAAUUUGUCA